CUAUCCGCACAUGCUGUUUAGCCAGAGAUCAAGCACAGCGCCUCCCUAGGACUGCAGUCUCCUUUCAUAAGCUCUGGAGAAUCUGGAAAAGGGAAAUAUGGUAAACCAAAGAGCUGACGUGGGUUGGCAGUCUAAGAGUGACUCCAGCGGGGCCAGUAACAGCGGAGAGAGCUCCAGAGAGAGCUCCAGAUGCUCCACCCCGGUACUGGACGCUGAUCGCACCGACCGGCUACGGGACAAGAUGAAACGACGAAUCGAGUCAGGGGACCACUGGUUCUCAUUAGAGUUCUUCCCACCUCGCACAUCGUCUGGAGCUGUCAACCUUAUCUCUAGAUUUGACCGAAUGGGUUCUGGAGGCCCUCUCUUCAUUGACAUCACUUGGCAUCCCGCCGGAGAUCCGGGCUCAGAUAAAGAAACAUCUUCCAUGAUGAUAGCAAGCACAGCGGUUAACUAUUGCGGUCUGGAGAGCGUCCUGCAUUUAACAUGCUGCAAUCAGACAAAGGAGAAAAUAACAGACCACUUAAAUAAAGCCAAGCGGCUCGGCCUAAAGAAUAUCAUGGCCCUGAGAGGAGAUCCUGUUGGGGAAGAUUGGGUGGAGGAAGAUGGUGGUUUCAACUUUGCAACAGAUCUGGUCAAGCACAUUCGCCAUGAAUUCGAUGACUACUUUGAUAUCUGUGUAGCCGGUUACCCCACGGGUCACCCGGAGGCUGAGAGCUAUGAAGAUGACAUCAGGUACCUUAAGGAGAAGGUUGAUGCUGGAGCACACUUCAUCGUCACCCAGCUGUUUUUCAGAGCAGAAACCUUUCUUAAAUUUGUCAAAGACUGUCGAGCCAUCGGCAUCACCUGCCCCAUUCUCCCAGGAAUCUUCCCCAUCCAGGGUUAUCAUUCACUCCGUCAGCUAGUCAAACUCUCCAAACUUGAAGUGCCGGAGGAGAUCAAGCAAGUGAUUGAGCCCAUUAAGGAUAAUGACGCCGCUAUCCGGAACUACGGCAUCCAGCAGGCUGUAGAGAUGUGUAAAGUUCUGCUGGCCAGUGGAGAGGUCUCCGGCCUACACUUUUACACGCUGAACCGAGAGGUGGCCACCAUGGAAGUGCUUAGGCAGCUGGGAUUAUGGGCAGAGGAUCCACGGCGACCUCUGCCCUGGGCCAUCAGCGCCCAUCCAAAGCGUAAGGUAGAAGACGUCAGGCCAAUUUUUUGGGCUUCCCGACCCAAAAGCUACAUCUACAGAACGCAAGACUGGGAUGAUUUUCCCAAUGGAAGAUGGGGUAACUCUUCCUCACCAGCCUUUGGCGAGUUGACAGAUUAUUACCUGUUCUACCUGAAGAGUAAGUCUCCUAAGGAGGCGCUGCUGCAGAUGUGGGGAGAGGAGCUCAUGAGCGAAGAGAGCGUUUAUGAAGUCUUUACCAACUACAUCACUGGACAAACCAACCGCAGUGGACACAAGGUGAUGUGUCUGCCAUGGAACGAUGAUCCUCUGGCUCCAGAAACCAACCUGCUGAAGGAUGAGCUGGAGAAGGUGAACCGCAGAGGUGUUCUCACCAUUAACUCUCAACCCAACAUCAAUGGCAAAGCCUCUUCUGACGCGAUCGUGGGCUGGGGUCCUGCAGGGGGAUACGUCUUUCAAAAGGCGUAUUUGGAGUUUUUCACAUCAAGUGAAAACGUUACGGCACUUCUGCAAGUGCUGAAGAAAUAUGAACCUCGUGUGAACUACCAAAUAGUCAAUGUGCAGGGCAGGAAUAUCACAAAUGCCCAUGAUAUGCAGCCCAACGCUGUCACAUGGGGGAUUUUCCCUGGCCGAGAGAUCAUUCAGCCCACUGUGGUGGAUCCAGUCAGCUUCAUGUACUGGAAGGACGAGGCUUUCGCGUUGUGGAUUGAACAAUGGGCGAAGCUGUACGAGGACGAAUCGCCCUCGCGCAUGAUCAUUCAGUACAUCCACGACAACUACUUCCUGGUCAACCUGGUGGACAACGACUUCCCGCUCGACAACUGUCUGUGGCAGGUGAUCGAAGACAUGUUUGCGCUCCUGGACUCUUCUCAAGUACCGCAGGAGGAGGCAAAUGAAUUGUAGCACCACUAUUUGCUGCUAUUUGAUCCAGAGACAUCUCAACGCACACUUUACUGUAACGGCAGUGCUUAUUGUUUUUGUUUUUUAGUCAUUAUCAGCACUUAAUUCUUCAAUAUAUAGGGGGGAAAGUGACAAACGUAGCACUAUACGCAAUGAUUUGCCUUAAUCUUUAAAUGGACUUGAGUUAGCCGGUUUGGGUGGCGUUUUCUUAUAUUUUAAGCUUGAUUUUUACCUAUUUAUAGACCGUAUUUUGGAUACUGCAGAUGUAUUAAAGCAGGUCAAAAUGUGUGGACCCAGAAUACGGUAUGUGGAUACUGUAUUUUCACUCAGGCGAAUCAGGUCAUAAUGUCAGGUCAUAAUUCUCUCAACAGUCCAGCAACAUUUAGAUUUAACACCCUUAGAGAAGAAUAUAGUGCUGGACACAGCUAUGUUAGCUUGUAACCCUAAUUAAUGUGCAUUUGUAAGAGAUUCCCAGUAAAAUGCUAAUUCUAUCGAAAGGCAGUAUUUAAAUGGAUCAAGCAAAACGAUUAACAAACAUUCAAAUUAUGGUCACUUGCAAUAUUAUUUGAUGCCUAAAACUAAGCAUGUCAUAUUUUGGGUUCACACCAAACACUGCAUCACUUGCUCUCGUUUACUCAGGGGAUGUUUUUCCCCUCUCGCUACACUGAAAAAAAAAAGAUUUAUUGGAUUUACUAACUUUUUUUAAAGGUAAGUAGUUGCAAACUAUUUAUAUGGGCUAAAUUUAACCAAACAAAGCUGUACAUUACUAAAUUUAAUUUAAACAAUUAAUGUUUUUGAUGUUUAAAGGGGUCGUUCAGCCAAAAAUGAAUAAUCGUUUUGGAAACACAACAUUCUUGUUCAACUGUUGAAAGUAAGUGAAUAUUUUAAAACAAAAAAAAAACUACAAGACGCAGUUUAAUUCACGUUUUCUGAAGAGACAGUUGUUUUAUGUGGUGAAAAAAUUACAUUUAACAGGGUAUAUGCAGAAAUCCUAAAGGUAUCUUCAAUACCUUUUUAAGACUAUUUAAAGACCUUCUCAGAAUAUGUUAAGACCUAAUCACCACUUCAAAUUCUAACCAGUAUCAAACCUUUAAAUUAAUAAACAGUUGUUAAACAGUUGCAGUUAAAUAAAUCAAUGGAGCACAACAAUGCAACAGAACUCAGAUAAGCUCGGAAGAAACAAAGCUUGAAAGAAUAAAUUACGUGGUUGUUUUCAAACUUACAUGUUCCUAUUUUGCCGUCUAUUUCGCUACAUGUGAAGAGCGUCGCAAAUUACGUGACAUCACCCUGAGGGAGGAGCUGGGCCCGACGCGCCCCAGCACAAAAACUAAUCGUGUGGAUUGAGUACAACAUCCUUAAUAUUAGGAGGAAAAUAAAAUAUUUUUUGCUUUUUUGAAGUCAAACACUUGAACAAAAUUUAAGACCUCGUAAAAACGCCAUUAAGACUUUUUAAUACCUUUUAAGGGCCUUAAUUUUCUCAUAAUUGAUUUAUCAACUUCUAAUACUUUUUAAGAACCCGCGGACACCCUGUUUAAACAUGGAUAAAUGCACAUCUAUUAGAUAAGCACCAAUGUGUGCUUCGUAUUGGAGAAACUUUGAGGUUUAUUCUCAAGUGUAAAGCAAGCAUGGUUGUUUGAGCUUCUGCAAAAACAAUGAUCGAUGUUUGUCAAUGAAAGCCUUAAUUAAAUCCCUCAGAUGGAAA